AUGAGCUCAAUAAGUGAUGAGAAAAGUGCACCUAGAGAAAUUACUGAAAGUAGUAAAUGGGGAUGGACACAGAAAUUACCAUGGUUUAUUCCUCAUGAAAGAAUAGUCAUUGAAACUCAAGAGGAAAUAGAUGCUGGAUAUGCAAUUAGAAAGAAGAAUGAAGAAGAAAAACAAUCAUAUCAUGUUAAAGAAUAUAGAGAUGAAGCUCAUAGACCAUGGUAUGCCUUUUUCAAUGAAGUUGAAUAUAGACUCACUAAGGAGGAGCAAUCCAAACAUGAUUGGUGGAGAUGGUAUGAUAAAGGUACUUCCAAAGCUGAGAAGAAAUUAAUUUUGAAGCAAGAUUUGUUAAUUACAAUUACUGCCUUUUUAGGAUUUUGGACUUUUAGUUUGAAUCAAGCUAAUCUUAACAAUGCUUAUGUUUCAGGAAUGAAAGAAGAAAUUGGAAUGAAAGGUAAUGACUUGAUUAAUACUCAAGUUCUUUUCAGUGCUGCUAGUAUCAUUUUCCAAUUACCACUUAUUUAUAUAUUACCAAGAGUUAAUCCAACCUAUAUGUUAUUUGGUGCAGAGUUUUUAUGGUCAAUUUUCACUUUGGCUACAUCUAGUGUACAUAACGUGGCAACUUUGAAAGCAUUUAGAUUCAUUGUUGGAGCUGGUGAAGCUGCUUUUUUCCCAAUUAUUCAUUCCAAUUUCGCUUUAAAUUAUACUCAUGGUGAAAUUCAUCGUCGUGCAGGUUUUUACUAUUUUGGAUUGUAUUUGGGUACUUUAACUUCAGGCCUAUUACAAAGUGGGAUCCAUAAUGCAUUGGAUGGUGUCAAUGGGAUUUCAGGUUGGAGAUGGAUGUUUAUAAUUGAUGGCAUAAUUUCAUUUGGAGUUACAUUCGUUACAUUAUUAUCAAUCCCUGGAAGUCCUUUCAAAUGUUAUUCAAUUUGGUUAACAGAUGAUGAAAUCAAAUUGGCUAGAAAAAGAAUGAGAAUCAAUGGUACUGAUGAACAUACACCAACUACAAAAGAAUUUUUAGAUCCAAAAGUUUGGAAAAAAAUCUUUACAUCAUGGCAUUUUUGGGUUUUCACAAUUGCAAACAUUGGUGGAUGGAAUGGUAAUUCUGCUUCUUCAGGUUCUUUUGUUUUAUGGUUAAAAUCAUUAGACAAAUAUUCUAUUGGGAAAAUGAAUAACUUGACUGCAAUCCCACCAGCUUUAGGUAUUCUCUAUAUUUUCAUUGUUUGUUUUGGUGCAGACUUCAUUAGACAAAGAUUUUUAAUGAUUUCAUUUUCACAAUUGAUGAAUAUGAUUGAAGGUGCUAAAUGGUUUGGUUUCUGUUUUGGCUAUUGGAGUUGGUCUCAAAGUUCUGUUUUUUAUCCAUUAAUGAAUGACAUUUUGAGAAGAGAUGCAAAUCAAAAAUCAAUAGAGUGGUUAAUUUCAUACAUUUUUUGUGCACAAUCAAAUGUCUGGUUAAAUAAAAUUCUUUAUCCAACUGUGGAAGCUCCAAAGUUCAUCAAGGGUUUCACUGCAGCUGCGUGCUUCUCAGCGUUACAGGGGCUUUUCAUGGCUAUUGCUCUAUGGUUCUAUAAAAGAGAUGAAAGAGCAUAUGCGUACGAGCAUGGAAUUGUUUUAUACAACUCUGCCAAAGGUGAAGAUCCAGAAACUGCAUUGAAAAACAUUACACAAGAGGUUAAAGACUCAGAUGUGUCUUCUAUUGCUAUUUCCACCAGUAGUCUUACUGAAGACGUGGUAUCUCAUCAUCAUGAGCCAAAGAAAUAA